AUGUCUAGCAAAUGCCCAUGGAGAGACCAGUCGAACGAUGUCAUCAAAAUAGCUGUGGCGGAGAAGAAGUUGCCGUUCUACGGUCUUGAACAAGCCCUCGCCCCGGAUUAUGAACGAGCCAUUGCUCUUCGUCGCGAGAUAGUGCAGGAGAAGAUGUGCCCCUCCACGGUGUCCUCGCACCUUCUUGAAAAGGUGCCGUUUCGGGGCUACGACUGGCCGCGCGUGGUAGGCCAGUGCUGCGAGAACAUCCUUGGCUACGUGCCGAUCCCCGUGGGUAUGGCCGGGCCCCUUUUGCUGGACGGAAAGGAAGUCGCUUUGCCCAUGGCGACGACGGAGGGGGCCCUCAUCGCGAGCACCCACCGUGGCGCGCGCGCUAUCAGCGAAAGCGGGGGCUGCUCAACCUUUCUUCUGAAAGAGGGCAUGACCCGCGCACCGGUCGUGGAGGUGGACAGCCUCAAGGAGGCGGCCGAGGUCUACAAGUUUUGUGAGAAAAAGUUUGAUUGUCUAAAGGCGGCUUUUGAGUCGACGACUCGCUUUGGCAAGCUGAAAAGCGUGAAAUGUGUCAUCGCGGGGCAUAAGGUUUACGUCCGCUUUACGGCUUUCACGGGUGACGCGAUGGGAAUGAACAUGAUCACCAAGGGCUGCGAUAAGGCGCUGGAGGUGUUGAAGGAACAUAUUCCAUCCAUCCGUGUGCUUGCCCUUUCUGGCAAUUAUUGCACUGACAAGAAGCCAUCGGCUAUCAACUGGAUCGAGGGUCGCGGCAAGACAGUCGUCGCGGAGGCUGUGAUCAAGGCCGAAACCAUGGAGCGGGUCCUAAAAUGUUCGGUUGAUGGGGUUCUGAAGCUGAAUGUUGACAAGAAUCUCAUCGGAUCCGCCCUCGCGGGGUCAAUCGGGGGCUUCAAUGCGCACGCCGCGAAUGUGGUGGCGGCUAUUUUCAUCGCGACCGGGCAGGACCCCGCGCAGGUGGUGGAAUCCUCGGCCUGCCUCACCACAAUGGAUCGGCAGGACGACGACCUCCUCAUCAGCGUCACUAUGCCGAGUAUUGAGGUCGGGACUGUCGGGGGUGGGACCGGGCUGGCGGCCCAAAAGGCUCUUCUGAAAAUGAUGGAGUGCGCCGGGGCUAAUGAAAAAAACCCGGGUGCGAACUCGCGUCAGCUCUCUCGUGUUAUCGCGGGGGCGGUGCUGUGUGGGGAGCUUUCCCUCAUCUCCGGCCUUGCGGCGGGGCAUCUUCUCAGCGCACACAUGAAGUUAAACCGCAAGCCGUCAUCUUAA